AGGCUUGCUCUCAGUUACCAAGUGGACGUGGUUCGUGGAGCACUUGGAGAGGUACCGGUGAAUUAAUUCGCGAUUUUCCCUCUUCAAUUUGGACUUUAGUUCGAUAAGCCGCGAAUCUAGUGCCAGACACUCUGAUUGAGUUUUCAGUUACAUUUUGGCGACCACAAGCUCAAACUUUCCUGGUUCAAUUCAGGUUUCAUUCAUCAAGUGAUCUUGCGGGAGGUUGGCACGUGCGUAAGGAAGUUAGUAUCCGCGAUUCGAUCCCGGUAUAGUGCGUUGAUAAAGAUCGAACCGAACAGUGUCAGGACUCACAGUGCCUUGUGAACGCAGGACCUCGCGAAACAUUCACAUUACCUAGUUUGUUGUGAAUCUCUUGUGAAAUUUCCGGGUGGUAUCAAGGUUCAUAUCAGGGGGCUGUAACUUUUAUAUUCCUGCAAUUCAAGAUAGAGGUUAUUGGAGAUGUCGUCGUGUAAUUGUCCUGUGAGCGUGCCUACGGGGCCUACAUUGUCAGCAGUAUGUGGAGGAGGUCCUUUCAUGCUGUUCAUGGGUCUGCUCGAAGUCUUUAUAAGAUCCCAGUGUGAUCUUGAGGAUCCUUGCGGUAGAGCCAGUUCACGGUUUCGAUCUGAACCCGAUUAUGAAUACGAUUUCAUCGUGGUUGGCGGAGGCUCGGCGGGAUCAGUGGUGGCUGCUCGACUGUCUGAAGUACCUCAUUGGAAAGUUUUGUUAAUUGAAGCUGGUGGCGAUGAACCUGUAGGCGCUCAAAUUCCUUCUAUGUUCCUUAAUUUUCUUGGUAGUGAUAUUGAUUGGAAAUACCAUACAGAACCCGAACGGAAUGCUUGCCUCAAUUCCGAUGGUCAAAAGUGUUAUUGGCCCCGAGGCAAAGUUCUUGGUGGCACCUCUGUUAUGAACGGAAUGAUGUACAUCCGCGGAGAUCCUCAAGAUUACGACGAUUGGGAAGCUCUUGGUAACCCAGGGUGGAAAUUCAAUGAUAUCCUUCCAUUCUUCAAACAAUCCGAAGACAACUUAAACAUCAAUGAAGUUGACAAUAACUACCAUGCCACCGGAGGACCUAUGCCAGUCUCGAAAUUCCCAUACAAUCCUCCAAUGUCUUACUCGAUCCUGAGAGGUGGUGAAGAACUUGGAUUUACUGUGCAGGACUUGAAUGGCGGAAAUACAACAGGUUUCAUGAUUGCUCAAAUGACAAGUCGCAAUGGUAUCCGUAUGAGCAGCGCACGUGCUUUCCUACGACCAGCUCGUAAUCGCCCAAAUCUUCACAUCCUUUUGAACACCACCGUUUCAAAGGUUCUUGUGAAUCCAGUUUCGAAAACCGCCCAUGGUGUUGAGGUCAUUGACCAAUAUGGAAGCUCUCGUAAAAUCUUAGUGAAAAAGGAAGUCAUUGUUUGCGGAGGAGCUGUAAAUUCUCCUCAAAUAUUAAUGUUGAGUGGAAUCGGUCCAGUGGAAGAACUUCAAAGGGCUGGUGUUCGUCCGAUUGUCAACCUCCCUGGUGUUGGAAAGAAUCUUCACAAUCACGUGGCCUUCUUCAUGAAUUUCUUCAUAGACGAUGCUGACACCAGACCUCUCAAUUGGGCCACCGCAAUGGAAUACCUUUUGUUCCGUGACGGUCUCAUGUCAGGCACCGGCCUCUCUGAUGUCACCGCGAAAUUCGCUACACGAUAUGCUGAAAAUCCCAAUGUUCCAGAUACACAAUUAUACUUUGGAGGGUAUUUGGCUGAUUGCGCUAAGACCGGACAAGUAGGAGAACUAACAAGCAACGGAACAAGAUCAGUACAAGUAUUCCCUGCACUGUUACAUCCAAAGAGUCGAGGCUACAUCACUUUAGCUUCUGCAGAUCCACUAGAACAUCCCAAAAUCUACGCCAAUUAUUUAACUGAAGAGCACGAUGUUAAGGCGCUCGUGGAAGGAAUCCGUUUCGUAAUUCGCCUGUCGGAAACUCCAGCGCUUCGUGCUUAUGGAAUGAGAUUGGAUACAACUCCAGUUCAAGGAUGCGAGCGUAUUCCGUAUAAUUCGCAGGAAUACUGGGAAUGUGCGGUUGUACGAAACACUGGCCCAGAAAAUCAUCAAGCGGGCUCAUGUAAAAUGGGACCAAUUCGUGAUCCCCUAGCAGUAGUCGAUCAUGAACUCAAAGUUCAUGGGGUGAGAGGUCUUCGUGUGGUAGAUGCCUCAGUAAUGCCUAAAGUUACAUCAGGUAACACACAUGCUCCAGUAGUAAUGAUCGCUGAAAAGGCAUCGUACCAUAUUCGGCGAGCAUGGGGCGCAGUAUAUCGUCAGUAGUCAAGUUUUAUUUGAAAUAAUUCCAGUACUUAAUUUAAAGUAGAAGAAAUUGGAGAUACCCUUAAAUGGUCUGAAUUGGACGAACUUAUGGUUUUUAAGAAUAUAUGCCAUAAAAUUAUAGUCGUCCCUUAAAACGGCAAAGAAUUGUCAACCCCUGUACCUACCUUUCUCACAGAAUCAAUUAAUCAUAUCAAUUUAGAAAAAAGAUUGUUGAAAAUAGCUUUACAGGUUUACUAGGAUUUAUCUAUAAACUUCAUAUAUUGUUACAUAGAACCUCCGAUAGAUACUCCAACAUGGGGACAUCAAAAGUUUGGCUGCAACAGAUUGCCAAGGCCAAAAAUGGUAGCUCCAAUUUCAAUUCGUCCCCACGGGGGAAUUUAAUUCUAUAAAAUGAAACUAUAAAAUAAUUUAAAAUACUUCGCAUUGAAAAUAGAAGUAAGAUACCGAUUUUGAUGACAUCCUGCUUACACGCACACAUAAUUUAGUUUAAUUUUAUUUUGUAAAAAAUAUGUCAGGACAUAUUGUACAAAUGUUAAAAUGGAACACAAAAGAGAUUGUAAGCCAAUAUAAAGAAUGAGAAGUUAUAAUACCCUAAAAUAUUUUAUUUUUAAUAUCAAACUUUAUAUACAUCAAAGACAAUAAAAUAAAGGAUAUAUUAUUAUAUAAGAACAAAACCCUG